AUCAAGUACGGCCCUAUUAAUUCUGGCCCUAUGAGUGUACUGCAUGCUAUCCUUACUCAUGACAACCCUAAUCUAAGCAAAACUCAGCCAGAAGAACAUGACUGUAUUCAUACUAUACAUACACAUACCUCCCCACGCUUAGACCUCAUGGAUACCCCUCAGCCAGGUUCUGAGGAUGUGUUUGUGGAUGGAUCUUGUUCCCGACCUGUUGACGGUCAGUACCAGACUGGGUAUGCAGUAGUCCAAUUACCUGAUAAGGUCCUUGAGGCUAGCUCCAUACCCCACAUGUCAGCCCAAGCUGCUGAGUUGGUUGCCCUCACACGUGCAUGCACUCUAUUCACUAACAAAGAUGUAAAUAUUUACACUGACUCACGUUACGCUCAUGGGGUUGUGCAUGAUUUUGGAAUGAUUUGGAAACAAAGAGGAUUCAUUGCAGCUGAUGGUAAAGGCAUUUCUCAUAAGACAUUAAUUGAAGACCUCUUGCAUGCUUUACAACUUCCUCGUACAGUGUCUAUCAUUCACUGUAGAGCUCACACUCAAGGUAGGGAUGAUAUAUCCCUAGGCAAUGCACUAGCAGAUAGAAUUGCCAAAGAGGUAGCAUCUCAGACCAUUUAUUAUCUUAUGAUAUUUUCAAUUUUUAGUCCCCCUACCUGCCCAGAAGAACAGUUGUUGCAAGAACUUCAGGGUUUUGCAACCCAUGAAGAUAUUGCAUACUGGAAAAAACAGGGUUUGGAAAAAGACCAAAAUGGCCUUUAUUCCAAAGAGGGGAAGAUAGGGAUACCAGAAAGCAGUGCCCCUAUUUUUAUUUCCCAGGCACACGGAGUGGGUCACAAGGGUCUUAAGGUUACUUUGGGUCUUAUUCAACAACAUUUUGUAAUCUUGAAUCUUUCUCUUCACUGUCAGGUAUACUUACAGAGGUGUGUCCAAUGCUUACAGACCAAUACUACUGUCACACAUAAGGCUAGACAUGAACACCUCCCACCACCUACAGGCCCUUUCACCCAUUUACAGGUAGAUUUCACCCACAUCCCCAAAACAGGUAAGCGACAACAAUACUUACUGGUGAUUGUGGAUCACUUCUCAAAAUGGCCCGAGGCCUUUGUUACUAAUAAGGAGGAUGCUAGGACUGUGGUGAAAAUACUGACCACUGAAAUUAUUCCUAGGUAUGGCUGCCCAUUGCAGAUCAAUUCUGAUAAUGGCCCUGCCUUUGCUAGCAAAGUUACACAGGAACUGGCCAAAUGGUUACAGGUUACCUGGAAAUUUAAUGUACCCUACCAUCCCCAGAGUUCAGGUAUAGUAGAAAGAAUGAAUAGGACAAUUAAGGAGAAACUGAUGAAGGCCACAGAUGGCACAUGGGUUCACUGGCAAAAAUACUUACCUGCUAUUUUAGCUGAAAUAAGAAUGACCCCUAGCAGGACUACUAAAUUGUCACCGUUUGAGAUACUCAUGGGAAGACCAUUUCCUACUCCUUGGGUGAAGGGACGAUUUGUUAUUAUGCCUGGUGAUUUAGACUUAAUCCAGGAAGAAUAUGUUAAACAGUUAAUUUUUAAACUCAACUCUGUAUAUGGUGAUGUUUCCGUGCAGUUUCCUCUACCCUCACAGGAACCUACACAUCCUUAUCAGCCUGGUGAUCUGGUCUGUAUCCGACAGCUGAACAAGAGCAGGAAGGGAAAGUUUCCUUUUGGUCCGCCUACCACUGUGAUUGCCAUGACCCGAACCGCUGUGCUCACCGAUUCCCAAGAUAUCUGGAUCCAUGCAUCCCGUCUGAAGCCAUGUCCAAAGAGAGGUGAAGUAGGAGACAAGCUUAAGGUCCUUACUCCGAUUGGCCCUGACGACCCAACAUCCUUAUCUGAAGUGCUAUGGCUAAAGUAAACCUAUUGGAUCCCUUGCAUGGGGCAAAGAAUUUUUUCAUCAUCCUAAUUCUCUCCAUGAUUCUCUUCCUACCGCUGAUUGUCCUUCUUGAUUGUCACUAUGAUUAUGAGAAUAUGAGAGAGUUCCAGAAGGUCUGCUUCUGGAAAGAUCACAACUCCACCAGUUACAGUGUCCAAUUAGGCCUUGAUCAUCCUACUAAUAGAACCAGACACAAAAGAUCACUACCCACAGACAAGACUUUGCAAACUUACACCAAUUGUUCUUCUAAAUCAGUAUUUUGGUGGAGCCGUGCUAAAGAGACUAGAACACAAGAGGAUUUUAUAUGUAAUGGCGGCAAAACCUGCCUUGUACUUAAUAUUACAACUAAAGGUCAAAUAUGCAUUGCUGCAAAGACUGCACAAGUAG